GGCUGGCUGGAGUUGGAGAGCGACCCGGGCCUCUUCACCCUCUUGGUGGAAGAUUUUGGUGUCAAAGGGGUGCAGGUGGAGGAGAUCUAUGACCUUCAAAGCAAAUGCCAGGGCCCUGUAUAUGGAUUUAUCUUCCUGUUCAAAUGGAUCGAAGAGCGCCGAUCCCGUCGAAAGGUCUCUACCUUGGUGGAUGACACAUCUGUGAUUGAUGACGAUAUUGUGAAUAACAUGUUCUUUGCCCACCAGCUGAUACCCAACUCUUGUGCCACUCAUGCUUUGUUGAGCGUGCUCUUGAACUGCAGCAACGUGGACUUGGGACCCACCCUGAGUCGCAUGAAGGACUUCACCAAAGGCUUCAGCCCUGAGAGCAAAGGAUACGCGAUUGGCAAUGCCCCAGAAUUGGCCAAGGCACAUAAUAGCCAUGCCAGGCCCGAGCCACGCCACCUCCCUGAGAAGCAGAACGGCCUUAGUGCAGUGCGGACCAUGGAGGCGUUCCAUUUUGUCAGCUAUGUGCCUAUCACAGGCCGGCUCUUUGAGCUGGAUGGGCUGAAGGUCUACCCCAUUGACCAUGGGCCAUGGGGGGAGGAUGAGGAAUGGACAGACAAGGCCCGGAGGGUCAUCAUGGAGCGUAUCGGCCUCGCCACUGCAGGGGAGCCCUACCACGACAUUCGCUUCAACCUGAUGGCAGUGGUGCCGGACCGCAGGAUCAAGUAUGAGGCCAGGUUGCAUGUGUUGAAGGUGAACCGUCAGACAGUACUGGAGGCUCUGCAGCAGCUGAUUAGGGUAACACAGCCAGAGCUGAUUCAGACCCACAAGUCUCAAGAGUCACAGCUGCCUGAGGAGUCCAAGGCUGCCAGCAGCAAGUCACCCCUGGUGCUGGAGGCAAGCAGAACCCCAGCAGCCUCUGAGGGCACCCACACAGAUGGUGCAGAGGAGGUGACUAGUUCAUGCGCACAAGUCCUGACCCACAGCCCUCCCAGCAAACCCAAACUGGUGGUGAAGCCUCCAGGGAGCAGCCUCAAUGGGGUUCCCCCCAACCCCACUCCCAUUGUUCAGCGGCUGCCAGCCUUUCUAGACAAUCACAACUAUGCCAAGUCCCCCAUGCAGGAGGAGGAAGACCUGGCAGCAGGUGUGGGCCGCAGCCGAGUUCCAGUCCGCCCACCCCAGCAGUACUCAGAUGAUGAGGAUGACUAUGAGGAUGACGAGGACGAUGACAUGCAGAAUACCAACUCUGCCAUCAGGUACAAGCGGAAGGGGACAGGGAAGCCAGUGUCAUUGAGUGGUUCUGCCGAUGGGCAGCUGUCAGUGCUGCAACCCAACACCAUCAACGUCUUGGCUGAGAAGCUCAAAGAGUCCCAGAAGGACCUCUCAAUUCCUCUGUCUAUCAAAACUAGCAGUGGUGCUGGGAGUCCAGCUGUGGCAGUGGCCACUCACUCUCAGCCCUCCCCCACCCCAAGCAAUGAGAGCACUGACACAGCCUCUGAGAUUGGCAGUGCUUUCAAUUCACCGCUGCGCUCGCCCAUCCGCUCAGCCAACCCAACACGGCCCUCCAGUCCUGUCACCUCCCACAUCUCCAAAGUACUUUUUGGAGAGGAUGACAGCCUGCUGCGUGUUGACUGUAUACGCUACAACCGUGCAGUCCGUGACCUGGGUCCUGUCAUCAGCACAGGCCUGCUGCACCUGGCUGAGGAUGGUGUGCUGAGUCCCCUGACACUGACAGAAAGUGGGAAGGGUUCCUCACCCUCCAUCAGACAGAGCCAAGGCAACCAGGGUUCCGGCAGCCCAGUAGAGAAGGAGAUGGUGGAAGCUACAGACAGCAGAGAGAAGAUGGGGCUGGUGAGGCCCGGUGAGCCCUUGAGUGGGGAGAAGUACUCACCCAAGGAGCUGCUGGCACUGCUGAAGUGUGUGGAGGCUGAGAUUGCAAACUAUGAGGCCUGCCUCAAGGAGGAAGUGGAGAAGAGGAAGAAGUUCAAGAUUGAUGACCAGAGAAGGACCCACAACUACGAUGAGUUCAUCUGCACCUUCAUCUCCAUGCUGGCUCAGGAAGGCAUGCUGGCCAACCUGGUGGAGCAGAAUAUCUCUGUGCGGCGGCGCCAAGGGGUCAGCAUUGGGCGGCUCCACAAGCAACGGAAGCCUGACAGGCGGAAACGCUCUCGCCCUUACAAGGCCAAGCGCCAGUGAGGACUGCUGGCCCUGACUCUGCAGCCCACUCUUGCCGCGUGGCCCUCACCAGGGUCCCUCUCUGCCACACACCCCCUUUCCCAGUAUUACUGAAUAGUUCCUGCCAGAGAGCCCAGGCCCUGGUGAUGGGAACCAAGCCACAUUCCCUGCAUCAUGCCCUGGGGCCUGGCAGGGAGCAGGUCAGCCCCAUAGUGCUCAGGAGGCAGCAGCUGGAGCUGGCACAGCAAGGCACUGCAGCUUCCUCCACAGCCGGCUGUGGAGUGGCAACCUGGCCGUUCUGCCCGGGCUGCAGAAUAUAUAUUUUACCUAUCAGAGACAUCUAUUUUUCUGGGCUUCAACCCAUCUUGCCACCAUGUUGACAUAGCCACCUUCCUGACUCUGCUUUCUCUCUUAGCAGCUGUCAUUCCGGUGGGCCCAGGUCCCUGUGUCACGCUCGGUUCAGUCCUGCAGGGUCCCAGCCAGGGGCCUGGGUGGGCAUUGGGCCCUGCUGUUCUAGCCCCAGCUGCCAGCCUGUCCCUGUUAUGAGGAAACCAGGCCUACUCCUCAUUCCUCUUGGGAGAAUGCCACACUCGGACCUGGUUUCGGGGCUAGAUUAGGAGUGGGAUAUCCCAGCAGGAGUGGGAUGAACAGCUUGCUGGGAUCCCAUGGCUUGAGUGAGAAGCAUUUGAACUGUUUGGUGCCCUCGAAACUGUCCUCUAGGCGAACUUGUUGAGAUUGCUCUCUACAGCAGGGUUCUAGGGCUCUUUGCCUUCAGUGUUGUGGCCCUCGCUGUGGGCCUUCCUUGGACUCCUGGUCUCUGUCCCUGGGACAUGGGGCUCAGAGGGAGGAGCCUCUUCCCAGCCCCUCAGUAUUAUUGUGUCUCCCUCUUCUUAGGGAUAGCAGAGAUAGGGCUGCUUGCAGGAAGCUAGCACCACUCAGCUCGUCCUGCUCACCAGCAUCCUUAGCCUCUGUACAGCACUCAGGGUGGGGGACAGAGCAUUGAGAAGGCCAGUUGGAGCCCUGUGUUCCCAGAGGGCCUGAUGCCAAUGAGUUAUGGGCCCAGCACUGCUUCUGAAGCUCAGGCCUCAAAUAUAGCUCCAUGGCCUCCACCAGAUGGCUUUGAAGGUGAUCCCAGCAGGCCUUAUACCUGUACAUAGUGACUUGGGGGGCUGGCAGGUGUGGCAGCUGCCUCUCUGGGCUGAACACAGCUUGACCCCUCCAGCCCCUGUAAAUAGUGGAUCUAUGAAUGAAUAAAACUCUUGAGAAAUGAA